CGUCAGUAGUCACACUCCACCUCAUAACUCUCAUGGGCGACAUAAACCCAAGGCCGCAGAAAAGAUUGUGCACGGACCCAAAUCUCGUAGAUUCUCCGGAAACAGCGUCGGAUACACACUGUCCGCCAGCGUUGUCCUCUACUUCUGUACUACCGGUUCGACCACCGACGUCGCCAGGCUUGAAGCCUCUGCCUCCUCAUGUGCUGCUCCUGGCUUUGCCAGCGCUUCUUCUGCAUCCCCCGACACACGAAAAAUAUGCCUUAUCCCUUUUCUUGUCACUAAAGUCAAUACGGUUGUGCUUGCAACUACCGGCUCUGGCCCCUGACGUGGAGUGCUAUGCGUGGACCGCUCUUGCAGAGGUGGGUAUGCGGGUUAUCAAGAGUGGGUUUUGUAAGACAAGUGAACAUGAUUGGACAAUGGGACUCGAAGAAGAAGUCGAGAAAGCAAUUGGGAAGGGGCUCUUACUUGCACAGAAGCAUCCCAUUCUUAGACAUCUCCGUCACCAUCUCUCGCUACUAAACGCCCACUUUGCAUUUUGGCGAUCCAACACAAGGUUUGCACGUGCUGUUCUCCGUAGAUCGAUAUCGACCUUCGUUCCAUCGGAUCCUCCUACAAUCGUAUAUGCGGCCCAUCUCACGCUCAUAACUCAACUUAUAUCCUCCCCGCCUGCAUCCCCAUUUUCUCACGGCAAGGGUACAGAGCCGUCUGUUUCCUUCCAUCCACAUGCGAAUCCUCCGGAAGUACAGGCUGCUCUAACUGCUUUAACAAACCUCUCAGCAAUCGCUGCACAGAACCAGCAUUUCUCGAUGUUGAAACUAGUCGCUGUGUUGCGCCUACGGGUGUUGAUUGCGGCUGAGAUGUGGGACAUGGUGGGAGAUGCGCUAGAAGGUGCUGAGAAACUGUUGCUGUUGGUUUUCGACGAUGGCAACAGUACCAAGGAAGGCGGUCAGGAACGUGGGAUGAAGAGGGAGGCUUCUGAAUUUUUGACGCGCUCGUACUCGAUAACUGCUCAGGAAGUGCACGAUAGUGCGGCAUCGCAGUCAAGGCCUCAGACGGCGUCUGACAAUAAAUCAUUGAAGCAACAACCACCCGCAGACGUAAAGGUCGCUGAGGAAGAUCCCUUGACUGCUGCCCUUACCGUUCACACCCUUAUGCUCGGCAUCGUCUACCAUACACAUGGCGGACGUGCGCGAGCUACUGAACAUCGCCUGGCUGCUCUCCAUUCUCUAAUGGAUAGCGGUGCACCAGUCGGAGGUGUCAGCUCUGACGGCCUCGUGGAGGUUCCCCUCUCUCUGCACCCUCCGAUACACCUCCGAGUCAGCCACCCUCGAGUCAUCUUCCUACUUACGUUCCUCAUCUCCGCUGUGGCGAAGCGUGAUCCCGUCGGGCGACGUCCAAAGAAGAAAGUGUUUGCCGAGUCUGGCAUUGUUCAAUGUAAAGUGGGAUGUGAUGAAGACGGGGGCAGCGGAAUCGAGAUAAAUGUCCCGCUUUGGUCUUCACAUGGAGAUGUGGAGAAUAUCGAUCAGAGUACGCUCAGGAUCGAAGCGGAUUUGCUGUGCGAACUGGCUGCUAUAUCGAUACAACGAUGCGAAUUUGACGCUGCUGAAAAGUAUCUCGAUACCGUUGUAGCCCAUACCCGGACACACGGUUUUUUCUCGGAAUAUGCGCCCCGUAUAACGCUCCACUAUGCCCACCUCGCCCACGGAAUCGGGGAUGCUGACCGAGCUGGUACAUGCUACCGCGUCGCUGCUUAUGUUGCCGGUGCAGGACCUGUUGGCGCGGCCAAUGCAAAUACGGGUGGGUUCGUAGCUGCCGCUGCAAGAGCUGGUGAAGCACUUCUUCGUAUCGGGCUUGCUGCUAAACAGGCAGCACCGAAUAUGGCUUCCGAUUUUCCUAUCGUGAUGGGCGAGGAAUCACACUCGCCUUACCUGAACGAAUCGACAAUUGCGCUCACAAAAGAUGCCAUCGCACGUUGUUCAGCGAGCGCUUCCGCACCUCUCCCUGCUCUCGCGGAGCUUCUCUCAGCGGCGCUCUCACCUUCUCAAAUCAUUCGAUCUAAAUCGCUUCUGAAACAUGCUCUCGCGCUAUCCGGCUCUGCAGGUGACAAUCACACGCGUGCGCUCGUGCUCGCGGUCGUAGGUGUGCAAUAUGUGCACACCGCCCCGGAGCACGCUUUGGAGGUUUUGGCCGUUUGCGAGACGUUAGGUGCAGGUAUGGGUGCGAGUGAGAAGAAACCUGCUGGAAUGGAGUCCCAGCCAAUUGUAUGUGGAGUAGGAAAUGCGGCGUUGCGGCUAUGGGUGGGGGAGAGGUUUCUCGAAUUAUUCAAGCGCGCGGGUAAGGAAAAACGGGUACAGAAACAAGAAGAGUUUAACGCGUUGUAUCGAUCUGCGGUCGAUGCUGUUCGGAUGGGUAACUGAUGUAUCAUAGUUAUAAAGGCUCUUUUCGGACUUGGAAGGCGCAUUGCUUGCGCUGCUGUGCUACAUGGGCGAUCGAUGCUUUGCUAUCUUAUCAAACAGCUUCCCCCCUUCCCUUCGCAAUUGCACUCAUAGACAUCCAGGCAUCCGUGAAAGUGUAGG